ACCGCGUCAGUCCGCGCGCUGGCACGCCCCAUCUUCAGGCUGUAACAACUGUGCCGCGCCGGUGCUGGUAAUCGGGUUCUCAGCUCCCGGGACGACCCAAGAACAGCUCCAUGGUGGCGUCCUCGCACCGGAUAAACAUGGACCCGCUGGUUGGUGCCAUCGACCAGGGAACGAGCUCCACUCGGUUUCUGGUGUUCAACUCAAGAACAGCAGCGCUGCUCAGCCAUCAUCAAGUGGAAAUCAAACAGCUCUUUCCUAAGGAAGGAUGGGUGGAGGAAGAUCCCAAAGAAAUCCUGCAGUCGGUGUACGAGUGCAUAGAGCGCGCAUGUGAAAAACUCACAUCGGUCAACAUCGACGUGUCAAACAUUAAAGCUGUUGGAGUGACCAACCAGAGAGAGACCACGGUGGUAUGGGACAAGCUGACCGGGGAGCCUCUCUACAACGCCAUCGUAUGGCUGGACCUGCGAACUCAGUCAACGGUUGAGCAUCUUAUAGAAAAUACUUCAGGGAGAGAUAAGAACCACUUACGACAUAAAACGGGCCUCCCGCUCAGCACCUACUUCAGCGCUGUGAAGCUUCGCUGGCUGUUGGACAACGUGGAGGCGGUCCAACAGGCCGUGGCUUCUCGCCGCGCCAUGUUCGGCACCAUAGACUCCUGGCUCAUUUGGUGUCUGACGGGGGGGAAAUCAGACGGAAUCCAUUGCACAGAUGUGACCAACGCCAGCAGAACCAUGCUGUUUAAUAUUCACACAAUGGCCUGGGACGCAGAACUUUGCAAAUAUUUUGGUGUUCCUAUGCACAUCUUGCCUAAAGUGAGGAGCUCAUCAGAAAUAUAUGGCCUGCUGAAAAUAAGUUCUUGCUGGAAAGCCGGGGUCCUGUCAGGUAUUCCCAUCUCAGGGUGUCUUGGUGACCAGUCGGCUGCUCUCGUCGGUCAGAUGUGUUUUCAAGAUGGAAGUGUCAAAAACACGUAUGGAACUGGAUGUUUUCUCCUGCGAAACACUGGAACGAAGCCUGUCAUGUCUAACAACGGUCUGCUGACGACGGUCGCUUACAAAAUGGGCCGGGACAAACCCGCCUAUUACGCUCUGGAGGGAUCUGUGGCCAUCGCUGGAGCCGUGGUCCGUUGGCUGCAGGACAACCUGGGAAUCAUCAGCUCAUCCGAUGAGCUCGAGUCGUUGGCCAGAUCGGUCGGUACCUCCUACGGUUGUUAUUUUGUUCCUGCGUUUUCUGGGCUCUACGCUCCGUACUGGGAGCCCAGCGCCAGAGGGAUCAUUUGUGGGUUGACUCAGUUUACCAACAAGAGACACUUAUCUUUUGCUGCACUGGAAGCCGUCUGUUUCCAAACGCGAGAGAUCCUGGACGCCAUGAAUCAGGACAGCGGCAUCCCUCUAACUCAGCUGCAGGUUGACGGAGGAAUGACAAAUAACAGGCUGCUGAUGCAACUGCAGGCCGACAUUCUCUGCAUCCCUGUCGUGAAGCCGUCCAUGCCGGAGACCACGGCUCUGGGGGCGGCCAUGGCGGCGGGCGCGGCCGAGGGCGUGAGGGUGUGGAGCCUGGAGCCAGAGGACCUGAGCGCCGUCAUGUCAGAGAAGUUCGACCCUCAGAUCAAACUGGAAGAGAGCGAGUUUCGCUACGCGAGGUGGAAAAAAGCCGUGAAGAGAUCCAUGAACUGGGAGACCACACAGACCGAGAGCCGGACGAGUAUCUUCAGCAGUAUCCCGCUGGGAUUCUACAUCAUCGGCAGCAUGCUGAUGUUGGUUGGGGCAAAAUACCUCGCAGGUCGCCUGUAGUCCCAGAGGAGGCGCUCGACAGAAACCAACGCCCGGCCACCGCUCCUCCAUCUUGCAAUUUUUGCUCCCAAGCCAUUCCAGGAGAAUAAAGAAUCCAGACAGCUCUGAGCAGAAAACAACUUUUUUAUUCUACUUUGUAUAUCUGUAGCAGAUUUAGACCAUAUCGGCAUGAAGAAGACUAACUUAGCUAGGUUUUUCUUUUUUACAGUGUAGAUAUGAAUUUUAGACUUAUUUAUUGUGGAAACUAACUCAAACUAAUGUUAUGGGGUCUAAUUUGGAUUCUCGCGUCACUGUUCACCUGGACGUUUUGUGUUUUGCUGUUCUGGAAGCUCACUAGUGAGUUUUUUCCUUUAGAGCGCUUUAAGUAAUUCUUUAGUCUGGUACGAGCAGCGUGUCGACACGUUUAAAUGGAGGCGGCAAAAGGGAAGGAAGAGUUUUGAGAAACUGGAGGCUUUUAGUAGAGAUGAAGCUCCGUGUACGACACGCACGCCUCAGGAAAAAAAAAAAAUGAAGUGAAACUCGUAUUAACUCCAAAACUACAAAACGCCGUCAAAUAAAAUCUCGCAGCCGAAAAUGCUUCACACGUCUUGAAACCUUGGAAGUGAAAAUAUUCAGAUCAGACGCUGUGAAAACGUGCAAUAUGCAAACCCCGCCCACACAGCUGAACUGCAGAGCAGCAGGAUCGUGUGAGAAGAUGUUGCGUUAUUCAGUCAUUUGAAUAAAAACCUACGCUUGAGGAAAUAUUUUUACUGUAAAAAAAAAAAAAACCUGGACUCCAUGCUGACCGACUUCCUUUCUCUUUGGUUCAGGUUUGAGGAGUUGAACUUGUCAGUAUCACAUCGCCCAUCCUGCUCAUCAUCUGUA